UGAUUUUGCAUUUCCGGGAGAGCACUGUAUGUAAACAAUACAGUUCUCUCCCCUAUCAGCUCCUGCACACUGCUUUGCAUGGCUCUGCGUAGCAGAGCAAUACAAAACAGUGUGCUUACAGUGGAAAGCACACACACACAGCACACAGUAAAACAUCACACAGUAAACCCUUUGAUCGCCCCACAUGUUAACCCCUUCCUGCCCAGUGCCUUUAGUAGAGUGUCAUUGCUUUUUAUUAGCACUGAUCACUGUAUUGGUGUCACUGGGGAUGUCAGUGACACCAAGUCAGUUCUCCCCAGUGUCAUAAUGCCUGAUGCAGUCCCCCUAUAA